AUGAGACGCAUAUUCAGUGCCCAAAACAUGACCACAUCGCCGAACGUCCCUCCGAGGCCAACUUUGCAACUGACGGUUCCCAUUGAGGUGGCGCAUCAGGAUUGGCACACUGACCGCGCGAUGUUGUGCCACGAUGCUCUCCACCCGAGCCCUGGAAGAAAACCGAGAAAACCGUGCCAAUCAGAGACCAGCCUUGCGCGGAUGGGGACCCUGCAGGAGCAAAGCCGUGAAACUAUCGUGGUCGCCCUUCGUCUCCAGACACGCCCAGAUACGCCCAGCAUCGCACGAGAGUGCUUUUCGCCUCUUCUUGCGGAACCGGAAGUUGCGGAGCUCGCAGAGCGCAAGCUCCAUCCAGGCCAGUGA